AUGGAAACAUUGUUUAUAAACAACUCUCACCGGGCGGAGGACCUCAUCGUUACUUGUAAAUGGAAAGGUGAGGCCUGUACUUGGAAUGAUUUCAAACCUGUGUUGACCCAACAUGGACAGUGCUACACCUUCUUAGGUAACACAACAAUCGAGGACGGUAACAUCGUCGACUCACCAGGGGUGUACAGUGGCCUAGAAGUGAUAUUGAACAUAGAAGACUAUGAUGGUAUGAUGGGGCCUCAUAGUAGCGGCGGUGUGAAGGUCAUUCUACAUCACGAAACUGAGGUCCCCAUGCCAGAAUACGGCAACGAGCUCCCUUCUGGUCGGCAUGGUUUCAUGGAUGUCCAAGUAUCUAAGGCACAGAACGUUCCGCCUCCCCAUGGACAGUGCGUGACUCGAUCGCUAAGGUUUAUGGAUAUAUAUUCCUAUACAGUUGGGGCCUGCCAGAUGGAGUGUGAGAUGCAGUACAUCUCGUCUCUUUGUCACUGCCGACAAAUACACAUGCCUAUGGGAAUGAGUUCUCUUCCGCCUUGUAACGUGGACCAAUACAGCACUUGUGUUGUUGAAGCAAAAGGUAUCUGUUGGUUUCCUCUUCCGGGAGUUUAUGAAUAUUUCCCUGCUAUAUUUGCCCUUAUACUACCUGACGUGACCAGUUUAGAUUUGUAA